UUAUAUUUUGAUAACAACUGAUAAGACUAUAAGCACGUGCAUGUUAAUAUUAUUGAUACUCUAGCUUUGGGAAUAAACAAUACCGUAUAUAUAGAGAAAUGUUGGAUUUUAUUUAAUAUUUUUAAUUUUUUCAAGAUUUAACAUGAUGACUCCUGAUGGUGGUAGCAGGGCAUACGCUCCCCAUAGAGCUUUAGGUUAUGUUAGCAAUGAAGUCCCUUUAGUAACCCGCUACAUUAAUAUGAGACGAGAAAAUUUAGUUAUCACAUGUGUAGGUCGUGCAUUUCAUACUUACAGUACAGAUAGAUUUCAACUACUAUCUGUAAGUCCUCAACAUGAUGAUGAUAUACAAUGCAUGGCUGCAGAUAACUAUUUAGUAUUUACAGCUUGUAAAGGUAAUGAUAAUGUAUAUGCUUGGCGGCGUGGUGUUGAGUUAAAACAUACAUAUAAAAAUCAUGGAGCUCCAGUACAUCUUUUAUUACCUUUUGCUGCCCAUUUAAUAACCAUUAAUGAAACUGGUAAUGUACGAGUAUGGGAUAUCAAGGCAGAAUCGGUAUAUACUGAGUGGAAAUUAAAUAUUAAAGUAACAACAAUUUGUCAUCCGCCAACUUAUACUAAUAAAAUACUUUUGGGAUCAGAUGAUGGGCGAUUACAACUAUGGAAUAUAAAGACAGCCAAAUUGGUAUAUGAGUUUCAAGGAUGGACAGGAGCAAAAGUUACUUCUUUAGUACCAGCUUCUGCAGAAGAUGUUGUUGCAGUUGGUCUCCAUGAUGGUCGUAUUAUUCUUCAUAAUUUAAAGUAUGACAUUACUAAAACAGUCUAUACACAAGAAUGGGGAGCAAUCACUGGAAUUGCUUUUAUAAUACGUAAACAAUUGAUGGUUGUUGGUAGUUCAAGAGGUACUUUAGUUUCAUGGAAUCUCGAAGAAGGUCAGGUGGAUAAUUUAUUAGUUAAAGCACACCAUGGGCCAAUAUCAGGACUUCAAUGUUUACCUGACGAAUUACUUGUUGUCACCUCAUCUAUAGAUAAUUCUCUUAAGAUGUGGCGUUUUGAUAACUCUGAUAUUUCACUGCAUAAAAUACGUUCAGGUCAUUGGAAGCCACCUACAAGAAUUCGUUAUUAUGGUGUAGGUGAUGAAGUAUUAAGUGCCGGAGGUGAUUCAACCUUACGUUCAUUUUGUACUGUAACUGAAAUAGCUAACCGUAGUUUUGGUAGAGCAUCUUAUAAUAGAAAACUAUCAAAAAAACGUGGGAAUAAAUGGUCAGAUCCAUUAACUAUGCCACCAAUAUCAUGGUUUACAACUGAACCUGCUAGGGACAUGGACUGGGGUACUGGUGUAGUAGCUGUUCACCAGGGCACACCUGCUGCUACCAUUUGGUCAGUUCAAGCAGGUUGUAUGUCUGAUCGAUUGUUAUGUCAUCCUUCAAGAUUUAAUAAAAAAGCAGGAGUAGGAGUUAGUGCUACUUGUGCAUGUCUUUCUAGAUGUGGUAAUUUUGCUAUCAUAGGUUAUUCUACUGGACAUGUUGAUAAAUAUAAUGUCCAAUCUGGUGCUCAUCGAGGUACAUUUGGAGAUCCAAUUGCUCAUAAAUUUACUAGAGCUGUUUAUGUUGAUCCCCUCAAUCAGGUUACAAUUACAGGAGGAACUGAACAUUUUUUAAACUUCUGGAAUUUUAAAACUACCAAAUUAAUAUCUAAAAUGAAUUUGGAUGAUGCUGUCUCAUUUUUUGUUUGGCCUGACUCAGAUACUUCAUUUUUGGCUAUAGCUUUAGAUAAUUAUAUAGUUUGCUUAAUUGAUAUUGAUCAGCGAACAAUUAUCAGAAAAUUUUCAGCACAUCGUGGUCCUAUAACAGAUAUUGCAUUUAGUCCUGAUUCACGAUGGUUAGUUACUGCAGCUAUGGAUUCAACAAUCCGUACUUGGGACAUUCCAGCAAUGUGUACUAUUGAUAUACUUAAGGUAAAUACACCAUGUGUGUCAUUGACAUUUUCACCAUCUGGAACAUAUUUGGCUACAGCUCAUGUUGGUUAUCUCGGUAUUCAUUUGUGGACAGUUCGAUCAGCAUAUUCACAUGUCAGUUUACGACCUAUUAAUGAAGAUGAAGAUGUUGUUACUGUUCCACUUCCAUUAACUGGAGGUGGUGAAAAUUCUAUAACUGAAAAUCAAAUUAAUAAAUAUGAAAAUAAUGAGUGUAAAAUUAAACAACUAGAGUCUGGUUUAAUUACUACUAGUGGUUUAGCAGAUUCACGUUGGAUACCAUUAUUAGAUUUAGAUGCUAUUAAAAAGCGGAACAAACCAAAAAUGCCUGCAAAAAAACCUGAAGCUGCUCCAUUCUUCUUACCUACUAUACAAUCAUUAAAUGACCAACAACUUCAUUUUGACUUAAAUAAAUCUUUACCUCAUAAAGAAAAUUCUAAAAGUGUUUUGAAUAGAAUUGAGUUAUUGUCACAUACAGUAUUUGCUAAUGAUUUGCUCAAAGCUCAAACAUUAGAACAGAAUGUUACAUUAUUUACCACUCUAAAAAAUAUGGGACCAUCAGCUGUAAACUAUGAAAUACGUUCUCUAAAUCCAGAGGCUGGUGGAUCUAGUCAAUUGCUAAAUGCAUUUUUAACUUUAUUGGACAUUAUUACUACACAUUUUGAAAGUGAUGAUUUUGAAUUGGCUCAAUCGUAUCUGGGAGUAUUUAUUAAGCAUAAUGGUAGGGCAGUAGCACAAUUAAAAAAUGAAGAUAUGUUAAAUUUACUUGAGAGGAUAGUUAACAAAGAAAGUGUUGCUUGGAGUAGACUUAGCAAUGAUAUCAACUAUAGCUUAGCUGUGCUAGAAUAUAUGAAAAAUAACUAAAUUGUAUAUAUGAAAUAUAAUAACAAAUAAAAUGAAAUUUAUUAUUAAUAA